UCCAGAAGCAGUUGAACAGACCAGCAAUCAUGACGAGUGGUUUGUUUCUUCUGUAUUUGGCCAUUGGGUUUGCCGGUGCCAAAAUAGAAGAAAAGGCGUUCAGACCUCAGAGAGAAUAUGUAUACCUCUACCAGACUCAGGUUACUUCAGGCCUACCAGGCCUUUCCUCGGUAUAUUCGGCUAUUAAAAUAAAAGCUCUCGUAAGAGCUCAGUUUGUAACGGCUUCUCGAGUCAAGGCAAAGUUGGAGAAUGUGGUUCUUUUGAAAUUCAAUGAAGAAACUGAAAGAAUGAACCCAACCAACAGAAUAAUACCAUCUAGAACAAUGGCUCCUGUAGUGGGACCUGAACUAACUACAAUUGUUCAAGAACUCAUUAAGCCAAUAACGUUUGACUAUAUCUCUGGGCAUGUUACAAACUUUGAAACAGCCAGUACAGAUCCCCAUUGGUCGGUUAAUGUAAAGAGAGGUUUGGUGGCGUUGUUCGAAGUCAACUUGGAGCAAAGGUUUUCUAUGGAAACCAACCGAUCAAGCUCAACUGCAAACUUUGCUACUGGUGUCACCUAUACGUGUAUGGAUCCAACACCAUCUGGUCUAACAGAAACCGUUUACACUGUUAUCCCAGAAGAUAGAAUACCUAAUGCCUACAAUGUUAUCAAAGUUCGUAACUACACCAAUGCCAUUGACCACCCUUCAUGGUACAAGAACACUGUAGAAGGCCAUAGUUGUUUUGCUUGUGAAGAGGAAAGGGAAGAAAGAAUGACGGUAGCUAGUCAAGUAAGAUAUGCGAUAGUUGGAGAUAAAACCAAAUUUCUCAUCAGCAGUGCUGUAGCAGAAAGCAAGUACACCCUUUUUGGAAUCUCCGGACCUGAAGGGCAAAUUCAAAUGUCGACCAACCAAACAAUUACCUUGUUGAACGCCAUGGACAUUUCAGCAACACGACCAAUUCCAGCAAUUCCUUCACCAAUAAAACGUAGUUUGACAACGUUCGUUCCCGAAAUGGCCAUUGCCCCUAUUCAUCCAUUCAGCAACGAAACAAGAGCUCCAAUUAGUCGAGCUGGUCAUGCAACUUACAGCAAAGCUACGGUUGUGGCCGUACUGAAAGCUGCAGCUGAAUACAUGGGCGAUACUUUGACACCAGAAGCUAUGCGAUUUAUAACCCAGUGUAUAGAUGCGUUGAGAAAUACCGAGCCAGUUGUAAUAGAAGAAAUAAUUAAAACUUAUAUGACGCCAACUAAACCCACUGACCAAACAGCUAAAAAUAUCAGGGCUGUACUAUUAAAAGUUUUACCUGUUGUUGGUACCGCCCCUGUAGCAAGAAUACUCAUCCAGAACAUAGCUCUUCUUCCACCAGCUAAAAGCCCUUAUAUUAUAGGCGCACUGGUCGUUUCUGUUGAACCCAAUGUUCACGUUAUGAAGAUGUUGAUGGAACUUGCCAGAACAACCGCUACGUCAUCCCCUAAACUUCGUCGAGCAACUGUAUUGGCUAUUGGCGCUUUGACCUGGAAACUACAGAUCACUACCAACAAAUAUAUGAAGCAACUGAGACACGAGAUAAACACCACUAGAAUCAUGUUAAGCAUGGAGAACAGCAAAGUUGUUCAGACUGAAUUAAGUACAUUAAAACAAUCACUGGAAGAAAGACUGACACAGACAGCAACCUUGUCGAACACCCUUAUUCAAGGCGUUGUCUCGCUUUUAAGAGGAAUUCUACAGAAAGGUGUGAUGGACGAAAAAAUUUUAGCUCUCAAAGCUAUUGGUAAUGCUGGAUGCAUGCCUAUGAUUGAAGAUAUCAAAACCAUUAUAACCAACCCAACCAUGCCUGCUCUUGUUCGAGCUCAAGCUGCCUUCGCACUAAGAAGAAUGGCAAUGUACAAAAGAGAACAAGUCGUAAUGAUGCUUAUGCCAGUAAUAACCAACAGAAACGAGGAGUCGGUGGUCAGACUAGCAUGCUUUGAUGCUUUAAUUAUGGGCCGUCCUGAUGCAACUGUAUGGCAGACUAUUGCUUCUACACUAGCGUAUGAACCUGAUCUUCAGUUUUCUUCCUAUGUAGCUUCCGUUAUGAGAACUGUAUCAAACAGUUCGAACCCGUGUAUGAGGGCUAUGGCUAAAAAUGUUGCCCAUGCUUUGACAAUGGCAAUUCCACCACGUGCUGGUAUGACGUAUUCCCGAUUAUACACCAAAGAAAAGUUCUACGUUGCCCGAGGUGCUCCCCAGUUCGGCGGUGCCAUCAGUCUUGCCUAUUAUGGUAGUAACUCAUCUAUUGUCCCCCAAGCUGCAUCGGCUAAAUUAUCCGGUUACAUGAUGGGCAGAACUGCCAAUUUCUUUGAGAUUGGAUACAACACACAGGGUCUCCAGGCUAUAUUUGACAAAUGGUUUGGUCCAAAGGGCAUUCUUACAUCUAGAAAAUCCUUAUUUGACGUUUUGUCCCGUGCCAGACGAAGCAGCGGGGCUAGCCCUCAAGCUCAAAUUGAAAAUCUCUUCCAGAAGAUUGGUGUUGUUGCUAGACGUGAAUUAGCUCCUGCUGGUCAUGCAUACUAUAAGUUUAAUGACCAUGAAUUGAUGUACUACCCCUUGACAGAAACCAUGAAACAAAUAGUUUCAACUGGCAAAGUAGCUACAGGUUUUGUGGCAGGAUAUUUGAAUGCCGCAAAAACUGUCGAUAUACGACGUGCCUAUAUUAUGGCUGAUGCGCAAUACACGAUUGCAACUUCAAUGGGACUCCCAUUGCGAUUAAGGUUAACUGCUGCCAAUGGCCUUAUUGUACGUGGUUCUAUCAAUGCUAAAGUUUCUCCUGCACUGUUCGAAUCUGACCGCAAAGGCAAAGCUCCAGUGGAAGCAGAAGUUACGGCUAACCUCCAUGUCAGUAAUGCCAUGGAAUUCUUUUUGAGUAUGCAAAUUGGAGAAUUUGUGAUGCAUAGUGGUGUAGCAGUUCGUGCUACCAAACACGCUAACAUGCCAGUAACUGCUACUGUCAGGGCUGAUUUAACAAAACAAAAAAUAUUUGCUACAAUAACGCCACCUGUAUCGGCGACCCCGAUAAUGAAAGUUAAAAUUGUUCCUCUGACAUGGCUGCAAUUUACUUCGGCAUCACCGAACCCUGUUAUGUUUAAAAGAGAAGAAAAGGAAAUAGGCGUUACUCACAACGCAAGAGUUGUUCCUUUUAUGAAAAAUAUUACCCGUGGAACAUUUGGAUUUAGGUCGGCAGUAAAUGGUCAGUAUCCAAUAGUCAGUACAGCGUAUCCAGCCAUACCAUGUCCAUUAUUUGGACGCAGUGAGGUUUAUUUGUGGUCAACACCAACUCCAACUGCCACUGCCGCCAAACCUGUUGAAAUUCAAGUUGCACUGGUUUCCGAACCAAAGAAUGUUCUUAAAACACCACACAGCAGUAGCUGUAACAGCAUUUUGUCUUUCUUCUCUGCCUGUUCCUGGGUGGAUGGUGAUAUGCCUGGUGAUCAGGAAACAGCAGGCCCUGCAUCUGCAGCCGCCAAUUCCUCAGCUACACUGCCAUUGCCAGAUUUUGCCGACCUUAAAACCACUGGUGUAUCUGUGGGUCAACUCAAAAUCAAACUCCAACAAAAGAUUAGAGAUAAUACCAGUCUCAGUGCAGUGGGUUCCAAAUGGGGUAUGGUUUGUGUGGUAAAAAGUGCCGACUCAAGUAUUCCAGCCAAACUGCAAGCUGAAGCACUAUGGAUAUCUUCACAGAAGGGCUAUGUACAACAAUUUGCUGCCCGUGUCGCCAGAACAGCUGCUCCCAACACAAAUAAACCAGCUAUGGAGAUAACAGUCCACAGUGAAGUCAAAUACCCUACCAAAUUCGUUCUACCCGAAACGUUGUUUGAGCCAUCGUACCGAGCUGCCUUAGCACAAAAUUUGAAGUUCCUCCUCAGUUUAAAAACUCACCACGGUUUGUUGACAUCUCUCAAUUCGACAGUCAUUACGCAAUCCCUGAGGGAUAGCAUGAGGAUUGAUAUGGACCCUGUAAAGACAAUUGAAAGAAUCGUCAUUAACAUGGCUGCAGAAUCUAAGGCUCCAGAGUUGAGAAAAUGGCUACCAAUUCUCAGACAACUUGGUGCAAAUUACGAAUUCUUAACUGCUACCGCACAGAAGGUUUUGGAUCCAUUUAAUUUCUUUACAAACGAGGGUGUGAUCGUGGUUGUUUUCGAAAAAAUAGAAUCACUUGUACAAGCUGUCCGAACACAGAUGCAAAGAAUCAAAUCGGCAAAAUCGGCCAAUCCAGUUGAACUCACAUUGGUACACUACGUCAUGCUAAAACAAAAACAAGCCCUGAACACAUUGGUAUCUGUUGGUAAAAUGGGUUCCUAUAUUGCUGACUUCAACAAGGGUCAGCAUUUACUAGCAAAGGCACAAUCAGUGUGGGCGAUGUACAAGACGGAGUUAAUAGAGUUAUGUAGUCUAGUUUCUCAAGGUGGUCUUUCUCCUCUUACUGAUACAUCGAGUCCGGUUGCAGCUGAAAUAAUGAAAUUAAGAACAGAACAAGCUGCUACAUUGAAAACAAUCUUAUCUCAAGAGAGUGCUGCAACGACUGUAAAUCCGGCACCAGUAAAGCCUCUUCUGCAUUCUACUUUUGCCUUGUUGAAAACGUUGACUACUACAGACAGCAGUGUCUCUAACAUCCCUGCUAUAGCUGCGUUGGUGCAAAUUGCUAUUCAACACCAACUCGUCAAGUUGACGCUAACAAAUCCACUCAAAUACAUUGAAUCAGCGAAUAGCCCAAUGUCUGCCCAGCUCACAUCUGAGUUAUAUGCUAACGUAUAUACAGCGGAUGCACAGACUAGAUUAAUAUGUGUUAAAACCGGUAGUCUACUAAUUCGUUUCUCUAACUCUAAAUAUCUCACACCAACUAUGGAUAGUGUUGAUAAAACUGUUUGGCGUAUUAUUGGAAAAGGUUACGAAAGACAUUUCGCCGCUAGAGUCGCAUUAGCAAAUGCCAAAUUCAGUUCACCAAGUACAUAUGUCCCCAGCAAUGUUCUUGCCUUAAUGAGACCCAUAAUGGCUGACCUAGGCGCUAUUAAGAGUGCAUAUAAAACGUCUAUGGCCCCACCUAGUGUUCCCGUUGUUGUGGAUUGUCUACGCUUUACAAUUAUUCAGAAGGCUAUAUUGGCUAAACUAAAGAUGGCUCUUUUGACUGUACCCGGCCAAAGAAGUGCUGUACAAGAAGUGAGCGGAAUGUUGUCCACGUUGAGUGACUACAACUAUUUCUUGACGAAAUUACUCGGUCGAUAUGCAACAUCAGCUACUGUGGAUUACUCAAACCAUGUCCUUCUAUCUGAUAUGCCAAUGAGAUCCGUCGAUUUGAAACUCCGCGAACUCUUACAAGAGGUACAAGCCAUAAAACAAGAGGUCAUGGCUGUGGCCAGCGCCCCAGUGGACCAGGCGCGACAAAUGGCAACCAUGCUGGCAUCAAAACUGCAGACAGUUAUUUCAGAGUGUAGAUCUGUGCUAACAUCUGGAGCUUUAUGGAGUGGUGAGGCACCCGCUCGACAUUCCCCAGAAAUGUUUUCCUCUUUAAUUAGCCAGCUAUCUACUAUAUUGGAAGAAGUAAGAUCAGAUGUAGCUAGCUACUCUUCGCCACUCCCACCCGACUGUGUGAAUGCCGUGUCUGAAGGUAUUAAAGAAGUAAGAGAAUUGCGUCAACAAUAUCAGACCGAGGCAAACAAUCACCCGACAAUAGUAUCGUCGUCUAUGCAGCCGGUAAAUAUUGUAUCUAAACUUGAAGAACUAACAGCAACAGUUUCAUCGAUAAACGCAAUGAUCAAGAGCAUACCAACAGUAUCAAAAUCAGAUAUUUCCAGUACAUGUUCCCAACUGACACAGAAAUGUCAAGCUGUUGUUACGGAGUUGACGUCUAUUCUCAACGCUGGUUCUCUAUCGAACAGUCCUGCUGUUUGGCCCCAUGUAAAACCUAUGUUUGCUGCUUUGAUUACCAAUUUUAAGAAUGCUUUAAUAGAAGCGCAAUCACUUUCUGGACAGAUGAGCCCAUCCCCACCACCAGCUAUGAAUACCAAAAUAGCGUCAUUUUUAGCGGCCACUGAAACAAUAGACUCCAGAUUCGAGGACGAGGCUCAAAAACACCAAAUUUUGAAAUCUUCAGCCGAGUCUUCUGUAAAUAUUAUACCAAAACUUUCACAUUUAACAGAGACAGUUUCUUCUAUAGAGAGGAUGAUCAAGAGUAUUCCAGCUGCACCUAGACCAAGUAUUUCUAGAAAAUGUUCUCAACUGACACAGAAAUGUGAAACUGUUAUAGCAGAGAUGACUGCUAUUCUGAACGCUGGUUCUCUAUGGGUAACCCCUGCUAUUAUUCCUCACGCUAAAUCCAUGUUUUCCACCUGCAUUAGCAAAUUUCAGAAUGCUUUAACCGAAGCACAGACUCUUUCCCGUAAAAUGAGCCCACCACCAUCAGUAAAUGCCAAAAUUGCUUCCUUUGUAACUUCCGUUACACAGCUUUUUACUAGAUUCGAGACUGAAGCCAACAAUCAUCACAUGCUGAAAGCGUCACUGAUUGCUUCAUCGAGUAUUAUACCAACACUUUCCCAGUUAACAGACACCGUGACUUCAAUAAAUACAAUGAUCAAGAGCAUACCAACAGUAUCAAAAUCAAAUAUCGCUAGUACAUGUUCCCAGCUAACACAGAAAUGUCAAACUGUUAUUACGGAGUUGACGUCUAUUCUCAACGCUGGUUCUCUAUGGGGAAGCACUGCUGUUACGUCCCACGCAGAAUCCAUGUUUACUGCUUUGAUUACCAAUUUUAAGAAUGCUUUGAUAGAAGCACAAUCACUUUCUGCACAGAUGAGUCCAACCCCACCACCAGCAGUGAAUACCAAAAUAGCUUCUUUCUUAACAUCUGUUACAGAACUAUAUUCUAGAUACGAAGUGGAAGUGCCAAAACACAGAUCAACCCAUAUAUCUCCUUUAGCUGUAGCUGUACAUGGGGCUUCUGCCUAUCCAAUGGGUAUAGUUGGUUUUAUAAACGUUGCUUAUGGAACAACUACUGCAUCUCCAGUAUUAUCCAUCAAGAUCUAUGGCAGUAAAUCAGUAGAACAAAUACUAUCAGAAAUCAAACAGAUCAACCCAUUUCAACGUGACCCAGCCUUACAGAGGGUUUUGAUGCAAACUGCGGGUGUAACUGAAUUUACCGAAGACGCCCAAAGAUACAGAAUACAAUUGAACGAAUACAGACACGUUCAUUUCUUGGCCACAUCACCUAAUCCGGCCGCCAUUAGUCCAGGCGUGAAGAAACUGGCUAUUAUAUUCAAGAAUGCCCUCAUUGGUAGAUUCUACCCAAGUCUCUCAAGUAUGGUCACACCAAGAAAUACUGUACCAGCCAAUACAGUCAGUGCUUUAAUGAUAUUCAACAACGCUAAUAAAAGGGUAUUGGACUGCUUCUUAACUACUCCACAUGAAGCAGUUAGUUUUACUGGUCUGAAAACACCAACAAUAGUACAAGCUCUUAUUCCAGUUAGUAUACGUUCAACACCAAUAUUAACUGCUGGAUACCUUACCUCCUGGCAUUUACCUGGUAGGUGUAUUUGGAGUGGACCACUGGUCAGAACUUUUGACCAUUCUUAUGUUGCUGUGCCUAAGAUUGGAACGUGCCCUGUGGUAGUUGCCAUGGAUUGUUCUCCAGCCAAAUCCUUCGCCAUUGUAGCUAAACCAACUGUACCCACUACAGCAUUACCACGUGCUGUUGUCAACGUGUCCAAGGUUAUUGAAAUCUAUGCCGAGAAUCAUUUUAUUGAGUUGGUACCAAAUGUCGGUCAAAUGCCAACAGUUAAAGUGAAUGGUGCUGUUACACCAGUAGAAGUUGGAACACCAGUUAUUAUAGAGAAGACUUUAAGUUACAACAGACCAGCUGCUAUUAUUAAGAUUAUGAAAGUGUACUAUGGUGGUCAGUACUUCAUGAAAGUAGAAAUGCCAGUCUUGGGUGUCGCUGUAUUAACAGACUGUUACUUUUUGUCUGUAACGCCUUCUAUGAUGUAUCGUGCCAAGACCUGUGGUUUAUGUAGCAACUUUGAUGGCGAAAUAUCGAAAGAAUUAGUUGGUCCUACAGGGCAGGUUUUCAAUUCACAUGAUCCAUUUGUUAGAAGUUAUGUUUUUAGUAAUGGAACAUGUCAAGCUCCAGCUAGCCAUCCCGAUGUAGUCACCCCCGUGGAGAACAAUCUGAAAGCUCCUGUUCAUUCCGCUUCCUGUGUGCCAGUUUCCAAAACAGUAAUUAAAUCACGAAGCAAGGGAAAGCGAGCCUGUUUCUCAAUUAAACCCGUCACCAUGUGUUCAAGUGCCUGUAACUCGAGCCAAAAAGAGAGAAUAUCAGUUCCAUUCCAUUGCACAGAUGCCACAAGUGCGGAAGCUAAUGAUUGGAUGAAGGCCUCAGAGAGCCGUGUUGUACAUGAAGUGUCCGAAAAACCAGUUACCUUUAGUAUCAGUCUAAAGAAUGAGGUUAAAUGUGCGCUUAAGUAAAGUGAAUUGCAUCCAAUUCUAUCAUGACCCGGGUGUGUUAUACGGACUGUGAAUUCUUGAAAUAUACCUUUUUAAACUUUAGCUCUAUAAUCAUGCAUAUUUUCAAUGUUUGUAUUGUAUGUUUUGUUAGCACAUGGUGAUGUUUUAUUACUAAGAAAUUGAUUUGAUCAAGGUAUUGUGUAAUUGUUUUGUUUGUACCAAUGAAAUGUAAUGAAUAAUAAAGCUUUGCCAACAGAUA